UUCACAUUCUAAUAUGAUAUUAGAGUGAGUGUGUUUAUUUUUCUAUUCAAUGAUAUGGCAUUUAUACGGACAAGAAAUUGAACCCUCGAAAAAACAAUAAAAAAAUAAAUUCUAAUGACUGUAGUAAUCCAAAAUUUUGUAAAUUCCUAAGUUAUGCCUUGAAGUAUCCCCUAAUAAGAUCCAACCUUUUUUGUCUUCCAAAGGUAUACAUUCCAAGACCAUAUAUUGUUUCAUGACAUAUUCCUUCAUGAACAGCUCUGCUUUCAUUGGAAAUACUGUUCCUACAACCAAGUUGUCUGUCAGGAAACACACAGAAAAGCAUGGCAUCUGAGGCCAGAACUGCGAAAUGGCGCGGAUCAGUGGGGGGCAUUGUUGAAGCUCCUAUAGACAAAGUGUGGAGCAUGGUUUCUCAAACCAAAAGACUAGCCGAAUGGAUGCCGAUGGUUGAGCGCUGCACUGAUCUAGCUGGAGAGGAAGGCGUUCCAGGAUAUGUUCGGUUAGUCUCGGGCUUCAUGUUCCCUCAAGACGAUGGAGACAGGUCAUGGAUCAAAGAGAAGUUGGUGUCCAUGGACUCAUCACAACAUAGUUAUGCGUACAAACUGGAAGCAAGCAACGUAGGGUUGGAUGGGUCUGUAAAUUCACUGAAGCUUGUAGAUUAUGGGGAUGAGUCAACCCUAGUUGACUGGUCAUUUGAGGUCAACCCCGUUGAAGGUGCACGUGAGGACAGCACUGUAGAUUAUCUAGGGUUUCUGUUUAAGUCUUGCAUUAAUAGGAUUGAAGCUGCUUUAGAAGCAGCAUCCAAGAAAGUUUGAGUAGAAUGUUAUUGUACAUGUUUUUGUUUAAGUAAAUAAAAAAUAAAACUCAACUUUCUGUUUUUUUUUC